CAGACAGCAGAGCAGACAGUUCAUUGUUUGUUUCGCUGGUUAAGAGUCAUUUUCAACUGAUAACGAAGAUCUAUUUCAGAUAUUGUCAUCAUGACAGUGAUUCUCAGAGUCUGUUUGCUGGUCACACUGAUCUGCCUUGUGUCAUGCUGUGAGAAGGAAACACAUUACACAAACAGUCAAGGAAAAUGCUGCAAGAUGUGUGGACCAGGUACGAGGAUGAUGAAGGACGACAACUGUGAUGACCCACGCUGUAAGGAAUGCGAGGUUGGAGAGUAUCAGAGCGGAUACACGAAAGAAACCAUAUGUGAACGCCAGCCCAGCUGUGACACCAAUCUAAAUUUUCUGCCACAAAUGAAUUCAAACAAGACCAGCCGAAAUGAAUGCCAGUGUAAGCCCGGAUAUUACUGUGAUCUAGAUCAUGGAUGCGAGGUUUGUCGGAAACACACAGUCUGCGAACCAGGACAGAGAGUUGCCGUUAAAGGUUCACCGAUCAGAGAUAAUGUGUGUGAGGAAUGUAGUGACGGGACAUUUUCCACCAAUCAUUCUGCCGAUACAUGCAAGGAAUGGACCAAAUGUGAGUACGGAGAAGUAGAUACUCCUGGCAGUUCAACGUCUGACCAGACCUGUGUGGGUACACGCGACAGAACUGCUGUCAUUGUGGUAGUUUGUGUUUUACUUAUCCUAAUCGCCGCAGCUGCGUUAGUUGGAUGCCUUUUCUUUAAAAAAGGAAAAUCUCCUCUUUUUAAGUUGCAAAAACAAACCUUCAUGGAAAUAAGGCCAGAUGACGAUGUGACAAUAGCAGUCCAGCAACAGCCUGAGGAGGAGGAUGAGAACGCACCUGUGAGCCCAACACUAAGCAACAUGACAGAAAAUGGAAAUUUUGUUGUUCAGGAGCAUGGCAAAGAUGCCAUUAUACCAUGUCAUGAAUCAACGUCAAAUACAUACCAAUAGAAGCAAAACACUUCUACACUCUCAGAAAUAAAGGUACAAGAGCUUCCAGUGGGACGCUAGAUUUUCAAAAGGGACACAUUUGUACCUAAAGGAUCCAUGCUGAUACCUUAAAACAAUGGUGCCCAAACUUCUAAGUAUAAAGGGCCAAAAACCAAAUAUCAUUGAUAGUCGUGGGCCUUAAAAAAACUUGCAACUGAAAAACUUUCACUCCAUUUUGGUUAACUCCAUAAUAACUCCACGAUUCUCAUGUGUUCUGAACUUGUCUCCUGGUCAACCAUAAUCAUAACUCAACAUUGCAGACCUUGCGAAGUGAGUAUUGAGGAUGUGCACAUUGCGAUAGCGAUGCUGAAACGAUAUAUUGUGCAGCCCUAGUACACGUGUACAGGUGUAAUCACAGAAGAGUCAAUAGGAAAACGAUCAAAACCUUUUUGCAUUUAUUAAUCAAGAUGCUAAUGGUCUAAUCCGAUUCAAUGAUUUAUGCUAAGCUAAGCUAAAAGUGCUUCCAGCAGACCUGGAGAUCAACAGAAUGCAUUUAAAGAUGUUUAAAAAGUUGUACAACGAGCUUAUGUGCCCUUAAAUGAGCCUUUAAAGUAACAUUUUAGUACUUACACAUUUCAAGAAUUAAACA